UAUCAAACUUUUAAAACACUCUCCGGUAACGAAGGAAGAAAUAGUGUACCGGUACAAAAUCUUGACAUUUCGGAUUUCCUCCAGAAUUUUUUUUUUAAUCUAGAUUAGAUUGGAUAUGUUACUAAGGCGCUGUCCGUAUGUUCAUUGUUUCCAUCGUUGUCUAACGACUGUGACGGGUUCAUCUCCACAGGUUCAGCAACCGCUGAAUUUUCUUCAGGGGAAACGCUGCAACCCUUCAGACAGUGUUGGGGAGUUUGAUCUCAAGUGUCCAGCAACAGAUGAAACUCUACGAAAAGUUUUGUCGUCGGGCCAGAGGGACGUAAAUGAAGCUGUGGGUCAAGCCAAGGAAACCUUUAGAUCCUGGUCCAAACUUUCGGGGUUUGAGAGGGGCAGUGUCCUCAAGAAGGCGGCCAAUAUUAUGAGGGAUCGCCUGGAGGAGAUUGCCCGGACUGAGGUUUUGGACUGUGGAAAACCUAUUUGGGAGGCUCGAUAUGAUGUUCAGGGAUGUGCCGAUACGAUAGAUUAUUAUGGAGGAUUGGCAGCUAGGAUCUCUGGUGAAUUCCUACCUUUACCUAAUGGAAGCUUCAAUUAUACAGUCCGUGAAGCCCUUGGUGUGGUUGGGGGAGUUGGAGCUUGGAACUACCCACUCCAGAUGGCAUCCUGGAAAUCCAGCCCUGCCCUUGCAUGUGGCAACACCUUCGUGUUCAAACCCUCACCCUUUACCCCUCUGACAGCUGUUAUGUUAGGGGAGAUCUACAAGGAGGCGGGGCUUCCAGAUGGUUGCUAUAAUGUGAUACAGGGUGAGACUAAGACAGGACAGAUGAUAACCACCCACCCAGGAGUUGCCAAGAUGUCAUUUACUGGCAGCGAGGUAACAGGCAGCAAAAUAAUGGAAGCCUGUGCCAAGGAUAUAAAACAUGUAACGUUGGAAUUGGGAGGGAAAUCUCCAUGUAUCAUUUUUGAAGAUUGUAACCUUGACAAUGCAGUGACAGGCGCAAUGCUAGCCAACUUUUUAUCACAAGGACAGGUUUGUUCAAAUGGGACCCGAGUGUUUGUUCACAGGAGUUUGAUGGGACCCUUUCUGGCUAAGUUAGUGGAGAGAACGAAGCGUAUGAAGAUAGGGGACCCAUUUGAUGAAGACACUACUGUUGGGGCCACUAUCAGUAAAGAACAAUUUGACAAAGUGAUGCACUACAUCGAGAUUGCUAAGAAGGAGGGUGCAUCUGUAUUGUGUGGUGGGGAGAGGGUGACCCCUGACCCCAGUCUGGGAGGAUAUUUUGUCAGUCCCUGUAUUCUGGUUAACUGUGAGGACCACAUGACGGUAUCCAGAGAGGAGGUUUUUGGCUCUGUGAUGUCCGUCUUGACCUUUGACACGGAGGAAGAGGUCAUUGCCCGAGCAAACAAUUCUGAGUAUGGACUGGCUGGUGGAAUCUUUACAAAUAACCUCCAGCGAGCAUACCGCGUUGCCUCAGCUUUAGAGUCAGGCUCGCUUUACAUCAACAACUACAAUGUCACCCCUGCUGGCGUUCCUUUUGGGGGAUACAAAAAAUCUGGGCUGGGGCGUGAAAAUGGCCCAGACACGUUGGACUACUACACACAGAUUAAGUCCGUGUAUGUGGAGAUGGGUGAUUUAGAGGCACCGUUCUAAAAUCUAGGCUGGGGCGUGAAAAUGACCAGGACACAAUUGGACUACUACACGCAGAUUAAGUCUGUGUAUGUGGAGAUGGGCGAUUUAGAAGCAUCAUUUUAAGAUCAUGUUCAGUGUAAAGACUUUCUGUGAUUUCACUAGAAUUCACCUGUGUUGUAUCAUUAUUGACCAAUGCUGUAUAUACAUGUAUGUAGUUUAAAUUGAGUAGAUGAUUAAAAACAGAGAAAGUGGA